UGCAGAAGAUGUGGAUGAAAUGGAUGAAGAUGCAGAAAAUGAAAUGGAAGGACAUGUAGGAGAUGAUAUGGAAGGAGAUGCCGGACAGGGAAUGGAAGGAGAUGAAAUUGUUCAAAAUCCAGGUGCUGGGCAAGUUGGUAGAAAAAAUAAAACCCUCAAUGACCAGCAAAAAAUUGCUGCUUAUGUAGCAUUGCAUACACUGUGUAUGAGUAGAGGAGGCACUUUUAAGAAAACUGAUACGCAAUACAUUGCAAAAAAAUUUGGAGUGGGUGUUUGGAAUAUACAAAGAAUUUGGAGGAAAGCAAUGUUGCAAAUUCAACAAGGUCAAGAAGUAGAUAUUGCCGAUCAGAGAAAAGGAAAUAGUGGAAGAAAGACUAAGGACAUUAACCUAGAAAAAAUCCUAACAAUCCCAUUAAACAGGAGGUCUACUCUUAGGUCACUAGCCUGGCAAUUGGGAUGUAGCCCUACCACACUUCAUAGAAAAUUCAUGCUGAAUUUGAUUAGGAGGCAUACAAACUGUGUGAAGCCGGCUUUAAAGGAAAAGAAUAAGAUGGUUAGGAUGAAAUUUUGUUUGUCGAUGCUUGAUGAGGCAACAACAGCAACUGCGAGGCCUAAGUUCAAGACUAUGCAUAAUGUUGUCCAUAUUGACGAGAAGUGGUUUAACAUGACAAAGAAGAAUAGAACAUAUUAUCUGCUGGAUGGGGAGGAAGAGCCUACGAGGCCUAUACACGGCAACUGUAUUGGCAAGGUGAUGUUCUUAACGGCCGUUGCUAGGCCAAGGUGGGACAGGGAAGGAAACGUGACAUUCUCUAGGAAAAUCAGUAUCUGGCCAUUCGUGAAAGAAGUUCCUGCUCAGAGGAGAAGCGACAACAGACCCAAAGGUACAAUAGAGACAAAGUCAAUAAAGGUCGACAGAAAAGUGAUGAGGGAGUUCCUGAUAGAGAAGGUCUUGCCAGCGAUACAAGCAGUUUGGCCGGAAAGUGAUGCUGGUCAGACCAUCUACAUUCAGCAGGAUAAUGCUAAGCCCCAUAUCUUGCGAGAUGACCAGGAAUUUCUAGCAGCUGUCGCAAAAACUGGACUUGACAUUAGAUUAGUACAACAGCCUGCCAACAGUCCUGAUUUGAAUGUGCUUGACCUUGGGUUUUUCAACUCGCUGCAAUCGCUGACAGAUUGUCUGAGUCCUAAAACACUAUAAGACCUUAUUGCAGGUGUUUUGGAGGAAUUUGAAGGCUAUAAGGUUUACAAGCUCAACAGAAUUUUCCUAACUCUACAAAUGUGCAUGAUUGAGAUCAUGAACCAUGCAGGGGGGAAUGGGUAUAAAAUACCACAUGUUAACAAGAAAAGGCUUGAGGGUCUUGGGCAGCUACCUCCAAGACUAACAUGCCCUAAAGAGGUUUACACAAAUGCUCUAUACAACUUAGAGGUAAUGGGGAGGGUUCAGUGAUGAGGCUGGUGCUGCUUGAGAUGAGGCUUGUUCAGAUGCUUGAGAUGAGGCUUGUUCAGAUGAUUGACAUGAGGCUUGUUCAGAUGCUUGAGAUGGGAGAUGCUUGACAUGAGGCUUGUUCAGAUGCUUGAGAUGAGGCUUGUUCAGAUGCUUGACAUGAGGCUUGUCCAGAUGCUUUACAUGAGGCUUGUUCAGAUGCUUGAGAUGAGGCUUGUUCAGAGGCUUGAGAUGAGGCUUGUUCAGAUGUUUGACAUGAGGCUUGUUCAGAUGCUUGAGAUGGGAGAUGCUUGACAUGAGGCUUGUACGGAUGCUUGACACGAGGCUUGUUCGGAUGUGGAGUAUGUGUAGUUCCUUGAGAUUAGUCUUGUGCGGAGUGCAUCCCAUGUGAAAUUACUCCAUAUGUGUAAUACUCCAUUUUGUGAGACUUGUAUGUGUAACUCCAUUUUGUGAGACUUGUAUGUGUAACUCCAUUUUGUGAUCA